CGAAUGCUUUUUUCAAUACAUUGUAGGCACGCCUCUGGUUAAAGCCAAACCAUACCCCAAAAGAUCAAAAGAAAAAUCUCCAAGAGCUGCAACAACACAACCUGCAGCAGUGAGUAGUACCUGAACAAAGUUGAAACAAGAAGAGAUUCAAAGCUUGAUAAACAUAAUAAAAACUUACACAGAUCAACAAAAUAUAUUACAUUACCUGAGUUGUUGGUUUGCCUUUACCAAAGAGAUAACCAGCAAUCAAAACAGCGAGAGGAGUGAGUCUUUUAAUGGCGAUAUACAUAGGAAUAUUGACUCCUUUCAAGCUCGCAAGAGCAAACGCAACAUUAGCAUUGUAGAAGAUGGAAACAGGGAGAAAGCUUUUUAGCAGUGGAUAAAUCGAUUCCUCUGGAUCGAGUGUAUCCCAUUCGUCUGCCACGGUGAAUAAGCAAAGAAGUAGCUAGUUGCUAACACAAAAACCAAAAGAAACGCAAACUAGAGUGUUAGUAAUCUCUAACUAAAGGAUUUUUUGAAGAGUUCGAUAUGAGUACCUGUAGAGUAAGAAGAGUCAUUGAGUGUGGAUACUGUAUGAUCACAGCUUUGUCGAUAAAGACCAUUGCCAUUGAAGCAAUGGCAUAUAAGUCAACAACCUUCUGGGUGAGAAAGAAGGUCUUCGACACUAAUCCAAUACUAAACCCGUCCUUUUAGCCCAUUUAAGGAAGUUGGGCCCAAAACACCCAAUUUGAACGGUCAUCACUCAGAUCGUCAGCUUCUGGUUUUACUUUUAAGAUAAAAACUAAUUAAAAAUAAUAAACUAAAAUUAAAAUAAUGCAAUUAAAAAAAUAAACAAAACCUAUACUGAUCAAAACCUAGUGUAGUCUUUUGGCGUACAGAGUGUAGUCCUUUAGGAUAGGAGAUGGGAGUUUGAUGGAAAAGUUGUGUAAGAAAAAGAUGAUGCGUCUUAUUAAUCUGAAAGAUUCACAUCAUUUUAUAGAUUUUAUUAUAAGAUUCGAUAUAUUUUUUUGUAACGUAACUAUAUGUAUAUACAGAGAAAACAGUGUAACGUUAUCAUCUUGAAGAAAAUAUUAAUAAGAAUACAUUAGUUUCCCUUUCAUCACUCUCUCUCUCUACUCUGCUCUCAACAAUGGUGGUUCCUCCUCCAAAACCCUCUUUGUUUCAACUAACAUUUCUUACCGGAGACAAACCACUUCUGACGCUUGAUGAUGAUGAGUUCUUACGUAAUCACACGAAAGUUUUGCUAAUAUCAGAGGCCUCGGACAAAAUUUGGGAAGUGAAACUGGACGGCAACAGGCUCGCCGGCGGCUGGGAAGAGUUCGCCGCCGUUAGUAAUUUCAGCCACGGAGACGUCUUGGUUUUUAGACACAAUGGAGAAGAGAUCUUUCAUGUGGCUGUUUCCAGUGAAUCUGAUGAUGACGAGUCCGAUGAUACUGACGACAGUGAAUCUGAUGAGUCCAAUGAUACUGACGACAGUGAAUCUGAUGAGUCCAAUGAUACUGACGACAGUGAAUCUGAUGAUUCCGAAGAUAAUGAUGAAGGGGACAGUAGUUUGGUGAACAAGAGUGAGAAACCAGAAGCAGAUACUUCAUCAGACUGUUUCCUCAGAGCUCGUGUCACUCCUUAUAGCCUCACCAAAGAUCGUCUGGAUCUUUCUAGGGAUUUUAAGUUUAUGUCGUUUGAUGAGAACAAGAAACCGUUUGAGAUAUAUUUAGCUAAUGAGAAAGGAAGAAAAUGGACACUGAGGCUUUCAAGAAACAUCUCAAGUGGUGCGUUUUACAUCACAAGAGGCUGGUCUAACUUUUGCGCAGCUAAUGGGUUAAUCCGAGGUGACUUCUGUUACUUCAAACUUUCCGAAAGUGGGGAAAGGCCUGUGCUUUUGUUGUGUUCACACGAGUCUGGCAAUGUCCAUGAAGACAAAGAAGAAGAAGAAGAAUGCCCUGAAGCAGAUGCAGUGAAGAUAUGUUCUGUAGGAGGCUGCAGCAACGAGAAGAGUACUCCUUCCCGCUUUCUGACACGAAAGUUUACACCAAGCCGUUUCAAGACAGGGCAACUAUAUAUUUCAAUGUUUUCAUCAGGUGUCUUGCGUGAGAGUGGUAUUAAGAAGUCUGGGGAGAUGACUCUGCUGGACAAUGAUGGAAGAAAGUGGCCAUCUUAUCUACACAAGACAGGACAACCCGGAGGUGAAUGGUGUUACAUAAGAGAAGGUUGGAGAGAGAUGUGCGAAGCGAAUGGGGUUGAAGUGAAUGACUCAUUCGUGUUGGAGUUGAUAUUCGAAGAUGCCAACCCUAUCUUUAAGUUGCACUCUAAGAUUAAAAACAAGGGAAAAGGAAACAUUGUAACUAGUAAGAAGAGAGCUCUACAUGCAAGGACUGCGGAAAAGACUCCAGGAGUAGAAAUAGAUGGAGAGAGGGGAAGCAAGAGAGGACGCACUAGGGGUUCUCAACCAGAAUCUUGCUCAGUCUCUGAUCAAGUGGCUAACGUGAGACAAAGCAUUCAAGAUACUCUGGACACCAUCAGACAUUUCCGCGCAGAGCUCGAGACAAGGGAGAAGAAUCUGGAAGCUUCACUACUGGAAGUUGACGACUUAGGUGAGAGGAUAUUGGGAAUCAGCAAAAUUCUCAACAAUAAUCUGGUUUAGAAUAAAUUUAAAUAGCGGGAGAAAAAUAAUCAAAAGACUAUCUGCAUGCACUUUUUGUACCAUGGUUUUCACAAGAACGGC